AUGGCACCCCGGGCAGACCCGGGGGCAGGACGAGCCCUGCACAGUGGGAUCGGCCGGGCCGUCCGGCAGGAGGUAACGGUGCUGCGGUACCGGCGGGAGGCCCCGACGUCCUGGCAGGACUCGUGCCCGUACGCAGCCCCAUCGGAUCCGCUCGGCUCCACCGGGACGGCCGUGACCCGCUCCGGAGCCGCGUGUGCUCCGCCGCAUACGCCCUCUGUGAGAAAAACCCACUGCAGCGGCAGGAAGCACAAAGAGAACGUGAAAGAUUACUACCAGAAAUGGAUGGAGGAGCAAGCCCAGAGCCUCAUUGACAAGACGACGGCUGCGUUUCAGCAAGGGAAGAUCCCGCCGUCGCCGUUCUCGGCGCCGCCUCCCGGGGGAGCCAUGAUUCCGCCCCCUCCCAGCAUCCCUGGCCCGCCACGGCCUGGGAUGAUGCCAGCCCCUCACAUGGGUGGACCUCCGAUGAUGCCAAUGAUGGGUCCUCCCCCGCCAGGGAUGAUGCCAGUAGGGCCGGCUCCAGGGAUGAGGCCGCCCAUGGGAGGACACAUGCCAAUGAUGCCGGGGCCUCCGAUGAUGAGACCGCCAUCCAGGCCCAUGAUGGUGCCAACCAGGCCAGGAAUGACCCGUCCGGACAGAUAAAGGUGGAAAGGGAGCUACGCUUCUCUCUUUGCAUUAUGAUCUACCGUACGAUAAAAAGGCAUAGACCUAGAUCCCUAGGAUUUGUAUUAAAACAGUGUGCAGAGGAGAUCUGCUGCUGCCUCGCAUUGCAGAAGAUCUGACCUAUGUGCAC